AUGAAAAUAUUAUUANCAAAAAAAGGUAUAAAUUAAAAUGAUCAAGAGCUAAAUAUCAUUUGGAACCAUACUUAAAAUAUGAAGAAGGAUUGGCUGUUGUUAAUCAAGUUCUUCCUCAAGCUCUUAAAUAGAAAGGCAAACCUUACUUAUUUAUGGCAGCUUCACAUUAUAUUUCUGUAUAAAAUUAUUAUUAAUAAGUCUAUUAUGGUAGUUAAAUGAGUUUUGCAAAGUUACUUCAAGAAUUAAGAUAUUUUAUAUAAGAUGAUGAAGCUAGAUUUCGAGAAUGUUUGAGAGUUAAGAGAGGUUUGAAAGAUACAUCAUAACCAGGAGGAAUGUACAAAGAUCAAGUGUAUCUUACAGGUGCAAUCAAGAUUUUAAAAUACAGAGGAAAAUUAAAUUUUAUUCAUUUACAUAUUGGAAAGAUUACAAUUAAAGAUUGCUUUAGAUUGGGAGAAAAUGGAUAAAUAUUUACUAAAAAUAUCUAUCUUCCUCCUUUUUUAUAAGAAUUAGAUCAAUAUAAAAAAGGUUUGGAUAAAAUAGCUUCACAAAAUUUCAUUAAUUUUAUAUGA